AUCAUGGAGUCAAGAACAUUGUGUCUGCUGAUGCUCUACUGCUGUAUCGACAUCAGCAACCUUUAUCCGCUCAUUCGUCCCAGUAAUGGACUCAAUGAGUGCCAUAAAAACUCGCCUUUACCAGCGCUGGAGGUCCUACCGGGAGGAGGCUGGGAUAACCUGCGCAACAUAGACAUGGGCCGGGUGAUGAAUCUGAGUUAUUCCCAGUGUCAAACCACAGAAGAUGGUGUAUAUCUCAUUCCAGAUGAAGUCUUUGUCAUUCCACAGAAAGAGAGCGGAGUGGAAACAAACUCUGAGAUCAUCAUGUCAUGGCUGGACCAGACAAGCUCCACAUCAAGCUCCAUCAAUGCAGAUGCUUCCUUUCUUCUGGUGCUCAAUGCGAAAUUCUCCAAAGAAAACCAGCGUAUUAAAACUCACCAAGUGAAGGAGAGUUCUGCAACAGCACGAGUUCAAGUCCGUAACCAUCUAUAUUCAGUAAAGGCAUAUCCCGACUUCCCUUUUGACAUCCACUUUGCUCAACAGGCCGAGGAAAUCGCAGAUGCUAUUAAGAACAAUCAAACACGUUUAGCAAUGUAUCUGUCAGAGAAACUCAUACUUGAUUAUGGUACCCAUGUCAUCACAAGUGUUGAUGCUGGUGCCACUUUAGUGCAAGAGGAGUAUUUAAAAAUGUCUUUUGUCACAAAGAAUCAGUUACAAUUGUCUUCUGUAUCUUCAUCAGCAGGUCUUUCCUUCUUCGAAAAACUUAAAUUUGAUUUUGGCAGCAAUGUAUCACAAAAAAACUCUCAAAUCAGUGGUUAUCAGGGUAACAUCACAUAUUCCUUAAUUCAGAGCCAAGGAGGGGCUUUAUUCUACCCAGGCAUCACUCUGCAGAAGUGGCAAGAGAGUACGCUCAAUAAUCUGGUGGCUAUUGACCGCUCCGGGCUGCCAAUUCCCUAUUUUCUGAAUCCAACAACAUUCCCAGACCUCCCAGUACCAGUAGUACAUAAAUUAGCUUUGUUGGUUUCUCAGGCUGCAGAGCAAUACUAUAAAGUAAAUACUAUUCCAGGUUGUGUAAAUCCAGAUUCUAAAAACUUCAACUUUCAAGCAAAUGUAGAUGAUGCAUCUUGUGAAGGUUCAGUCACCAAUCUUAGCUUUGGUGGCGUUUACCAACAGUGCACUGCACUGACAUCAGAUGGAAAUGCUAUUUGUGAUGAAACAGCACAGACAAACCCAGCUACUGGUGUUUUUUCUUGUCCUUCACAAUACAACACCACCCUGUUACGCUCUGAGACAAUAGAACAAGGUUAUACUCUUUAUGAGUGCCAAAAAAACUGUCGUUCAUGUGGCUUUUUAUGGUUGUCUACUUGUUGUUCCCAAACAUGUGCCGAUGUUUACCAUGUCCGUCGUGCAAAGGUGGACACUUACUGGUGUUCCUCAACUCAGAAAAACCCUUUGAACUCUGGAUACCUCUUUGGAGGGCUACAUGGGCCAUCUUUGCAAAAUCCAUUUACCAAAUCUUAUAGCUGUCCUCCAAAUUUCUUUGUCCAAAAAUUUUUGUCUAGUGGUUUGAUGGUUUGUCUGAGCAAUGAUUAUGUCACAGCAACAAAAUCCUCUGUGUCGUUUGGUGGUUUCUUCAGCUGCCAAUCUGGCAACCCUCUCUCAAAUGGUCAAUCUCGCUGUCCACCUCAGUUCAGCCAACAUCUUGCUGCUGUUAGUGAUGGCUGUGAGAUAUUGUACUGUGUCCAGUCUGGUGUAUUCAGUGGUGGUCAGUUAAAACCUGUUCGUCUCCCACCAUUCACAAGCCCACCGCUGGUUGACAUGACUGCCACCAACUCUGUAGCUGUAAUGACAGAAGGUAAUGUUUCCGGGGUGAGAGUUGGACAAACAAGGACAUGGCAACUGGCAAAUCCUGUUGAAAUUAAUACAAUUUUUGUGAGGUCUGGAGGAGAAAAGGCUGGUGUAACCUAUGGCCUGAUAGCUUUAAUUGCUCUUGUGGUAUCAGUUGUUUAA